CGUCACAGUCGAGAUCACAAUUAAUACAUAUCGCAUACCUACGGGAUAUCCCACCUGUACGGCAUUCCCGAGGUACGAGGUAGUGAAUUCAUGGCGACAACUACCUCUGUCCGGCCUGCAAUUGGCCGGAUAAUAAGCGCUGCUGGGAACCAGCAUGUUGCGAACCCGUCGUCUCUGAGCGUGCUCUUAAUAAGAGCUGCGACUCAAAGUUGCCCCUUCUCCUCGACCCCAGACCGAAGUAUGCGCCGGGCGCGCCGCGACAACAACAAACAGCGUGGGCUGAGCAGCAUAUACCGGUCAGGGCCGCGAUUUAGGAUGAACAUCGAGAAGGGUCAGCUACCGAAACCGGUAGAUUUCAAGCCGGACGUUAAAGUCGACCCGAACCACGGACUAUGGGAGUUUUUCUACUCCAAGGAGAGGCUCCUGCUUACUCCCGAUGAGGAUUCCGAGCACGGACGCGGGUGGACCGUCGAGGAGCUGCGACAUAAAAGCUGGGAGGACCUGCACAAGCUCUGGUGGGUUUGCGUCAAGGAACAAAACCGCAUUGCUACGGCGCGGAAGGAGAAGGCCCGGCUGAAGCUUACGAACGGGGCAGACAUCAUGGAAGAAAGGCUAUCAGAGGUCCGCAAGACUAUGAAGUCGAUCAAGCACGCCCUGACGGAACGGUACUACGUAUGGGAGGACGCGAGGAAGCUAGCCGAGACAGACCCAGAAAUCGAUCUUGCCAACACAAACCGCCCUUAUACUCCGAGUUCGUAUUUCGACGAAGACGUGAAGGAGGCGGAACCAGCAGAGGAGCAAAAGGAGACACAACAAGAGGCGUCAUCGGAACAACAGCAGGAGGGAUUAGAAAAGUCGGCAGCUGAAAAGGUUGAUCCGUCUACGCUUCCGCCUAGUGCUACAGAGCCUCAACAGCCCUCGACGAGAGUAUGAGCUUACGAGUAACUAUAUGUAUUGAUACAGGGUAUAAGCUCCGGGAAUGGAGCAUGUAAAUAUGUUACAUUAAGCCAAAAGCCAAAAGCCAAAAGGGUUGCAAGAUGAAUUGUAAAUCUACCUUAAUGCCCAAGCUUAGGUUAGGUACAUAAUUCGUAAACUCAUAUUAGAUGGCUUCAA